AUGGAUAAUCUGAUAGGUCUCGUGAAUCGGCUUCAGCAGGCGUGCACGGUGUUAGGAGACUAUGGCGUGUCGAGCGCCGAAGACGCGCUUCCGACGCUAUGGGAGCAGCUUCCGUCGGUGGCUGUGGUGGGAGGUCAGAGUUCGGGCAAAUCGUCGGUGCUAGAGAGCAUUGUGGGGAAGGAUUUCCUUCCUCGAGGAUCAGGCAUCGUUACCCGGCGGCCACUGGUGCUGCAGCUGCACAAGGUGGACUCAGCAGCCGAAUACGCGGAGUUCCUGCACCACCCGGGCAAGAAGUACACUGACUGGGCUGCUGUGAGAAAGGAGGUUGCUGAUGAAACGGAUCGAAUCACUGGGAAGACCAAGAUGAUCUCGCCUGUCCCCAUCCACCUCAGCAUCUACUCACCCAAUGUGGUGAACCUGACUCUGGUGGAUCUGCCCGGACUCACAAAGAUUGCUGUGGAGGGCCAAUCGGAGACCAUUGUGAGGGACAUUGAGGAGAUGGUUCGGCAGUACGUGGAGAAGCCCAACUGCAUCAUCCUGGCAGUGUCCCCCGCCAAUCAAGACAUUGCCACCUCCGAUGCCAUGCGCAUGGCCAGAGAGGUCGACCCUGAGGGCGAGAGGACAUGGGGUGUGCUCACGAAGCUCGACCUCAUGGACAAGGGCACCAACGCGCUUGACGUGCUAGAGGGGCGUUCGUACAAGCUCAAGUACCCGUGGGUGGGCGUGGUGAACCGCUCUCAGGCCGACAUCAACCGCAACGUAGACAUGCUGGCAUCCCGGCGCAAGGAGAGGGAAUACUUCCAGACUUCUGCUGACUACUCGCAUCUCGCCAACCGCAUGGGGACCGAGUACCUCGCCAAGAUGCUCUCCAAGCAUCUAGAGCAAGUGAUUCGCUCCAAGAUUCCGGGCAUCCAGUCGCUCAUCAACAACAACAUUGACGACCUUGAGAAGGAGAUGAACGCCCUGGGGCGGCCCAUUGGGGGUGAAGCGGGGGCCCAGCUAUACACGGUGCUGGAGAUGUGUCGAGCGUUUGACAAGAUAUUCAAGGAGCACCUGGACGGCGGUCGGCCGGGAGGAGAUCGAAUCAACGCGGUGUUUGAGACGAAGCUGCCAGCGGCACUCAACAAGCUCCCCUUCGACAAGCACCUCUCCAUCCAGAAUGUGAGGCGGAUUGUGGCGGAGGCGGACGGGUACCAGCCGCAUCUGAUCGCCCCAGAGGGCGGUUACCGGCGGCUGAUAGAGAGCGCGCUGCUCAUGUUCAAGGGGCCGGCAGAAGCAGUGGUGGACGAGGUGCACUUCAUUCUCCGGGACCUCGUUCGCAUCUCCGUGGGGGAAACCACCGAGCUGCUCCGGUUCCCGUCGCUCCAGGCUGAGCUCUCUGCUGCUGCCACCCAGUCGCUGGAAAGUUUUCGGGAGAAUAGCCGGAAGCUGACCGUGCGAUUGGUGGAGAUGGAGACGAGUUAUCUGACCGUGGAGUUUUUUCGGCGGCUGCCCGGGCUGGAGAAUUUGGAGGACGGGAUGGAGGUGAAGCAGGGGAAGGAUGGGAAGAAGGGGGGUGGGAGUGGCGGGAGUAGCAAGAUCAAGGCGCUGAAGGGCAGUGGGGAUAAGCUGCCUACCGGGGCGGAUCGAUACCAGGAAAUGCACUUCAGGAGAAUCGGCUCCAACGUGUCAACCUAUGUGGGCAUGGUCAUGGAGUGCUUGCAGAACUCCAUCCCCAAAGCCGUGGUGCACAGCCAGGUCCGGGAAGCCAAGCGGCGGCUGCUGGAUCGGUUCUAUGCAAUGGUGGGCAGAGAGGACGGGAAGGCCCUGGCGAAGCUGCUAGACGAGGAUCCAGACGUGAUGGCUCGGAGGCAGGCUGCAUGGAAGAGGCUGGAGCUGCUGCGCAAGGCGAGGAAUGAGAUUGAUAGUGUUGGAUGGGCCCAAGCCCUCGAUAGGUCGCUCGCAUCGCCUGCGUGGACGGAUCGCGAUGCCGUCGCGGCUGCUGUCAGGCGCCAUCUGGUAACGGAUUGCGAGGAGCAAAAUGUCAGCACCGGUCCCGGCCCAAACGGCAACAUUCUCGGGGAAUCCAAUAAGGGGAAUGUUCUUCCGGGCUCCAACACAGCCGGUGCUGGCGACGAUGCCGCUGGGAAGCCGGCGCGUCGCGCGCCCUUCUCGGAGAAGGUGGUCGAGGCGCGGACGCGCGAGUUAAUCGACGUGUUGGACAGCCUGCGCACCGCGGGAGAGGCAAAUCUGGAGUCGCUCGCGCUGAGCAACGAGAGUAUCCGGGAAGACGGCGUGGAUUGCGGCGACGACCGACAAUGGCGGUUGAAGGAGGAGGGGAAGGAGCACCGAGUGCUGUACCGCAAGGGCCCCGAGGGCACGCCGCUGCACGAGAUCUGCCUGGAAGGGAUCAUCAACGGCCCUCUUGACACCUUGCUGGCGGUGGUGUGGGAAGUCCCGUUCUUCAAGGACUGGUGGCCACAGUUCAGCGUGCCGCCCUUCAAGGUGCUAGAGUCCAAAUUCGCCCACCGCAUCGCUCCGGGGCUAGAGCUCAGCUACCUGCAGUUCAGGUCGCCAUGGCCCUUUGCCACGCGAGAGCUGCUCUUUUUUGCCUUUAUGGUUCACGACACUGCCACAGGCCUCUUUGUCGCCUCCGUGCUCUCGCCACCUGACGACAUAUCACACAUGGACCCAGAGACAGCAGCCCUGCACCCUUCCGCCAUCCCCUCUGUGGCGCCGGGCUGUGUGCGCAUGACUGUGGGCGGCGGCUUUGCAGGCCAGGACCUGGGGGGCGGCCACUGCUACUUCCGCGGUGCAUGCACGCUGGAUAUGAAAUUCGACCUCAUGCCCCCAUGGCUCAUCAAUUUCGUCGCCCGGCAACUAGCCGGCUCUGGUUACCACCUGCUCUGCCACGAAGUGGACACCAACGUUAAAGCCACCGCCGCCACUGCUGCUGCUGGUGUGAAAUCACUGAAAUGUGACAAGAAGAACGGGCGUGGGGCGUUUCAGCAACUUCUGGCCUCUGAUCCAGUCUAUGUGGGUCUGAGGAAAGCGAUGGAGGAGUAUAGACGGGGUAAGGAGGAGGAGGAGGAGGGGAGGAGGAGGGAAGGGAGUGAGGAGGAGGGUAGGUCGUUGAGAAAAUUGGGUGAGAAGGUGGAGGAGGAGGUGGAGCGGCUUGUUUCGUCUUUAUCUAAGAGGGAGAGUACACUUGGGCCUGAGGAGGCAGAGAAGGCUCUGCUACAGCUGGAGGCCGCUGCUGCUUCAGCUCUCCGUUACCCAGUCCUUUUCUUCCGGACCUCUGCCUUUGGCUCGGCAUGGAGGUCUGGAAGCUGGAGAGGGCAUGGGGAGCCUGCUUCGGGAGUCCUCCUCUGUACGCUCGGGGCCGCUUCCAAGCAUCCGAACCGUUACUGGCAGCACCAGCAGCAGCAGCUAUGGUGUCAUUGCUAA